CGGAGAGGAACCUACUAAAAGUAUAAGAAAAAGGGUUUUUUUCUUGCAUACACUACAGAAAUUAAGGAGGCUUUAUGAGUUUUGUGUGUUCUUGGGAGGAACCGCGGCAGGUAUUAUAUGUCAAAGCCAUUCGGAUUGAGGAUAAUGCGUACCAAAAUCUGAUUAUUUUUUUUUCCUUCUUCUUGUUCUUCCAUUCUUUCCAUGUUAUUGUCCCGACGCCUGCUGGUUUGGGUAUUUUUCAUAUAUGUUAUCGUCCUUGUUUGCCCAAGUACUACGGCUGCAGUAGCAGGCAAAAAAGUGCCGUCGUUUGCUGCUACGCCCCCCAUGGGCUGGAAUACAUGGAACAAGUAUGGAUGUGGUAUCGACGACAAACUCAUCAAACAAACAGCCGACUCUAUGGUUUUCGAAGGCUAUUUGGCAGCAGGAUACAGGUACCUCAAUCUCGACGAUUGUUGGCAAUCGAACAACAGAACUGCCAACGGCACGAUCAUUGUGGAUCCUGUGGCAUUCCCUCAAGGACUUAAACCCGUGGCGGACUAUAUUCAUGCCAAAGGAUUGAAGUUUGGUAUCUACAGCAGUGCAGGCCGCAAAACGUGUGCUGGACGAAUGGCUUCGUUUGAUUAUGAAAAGAACGAUGCUGCCAGCUAUAAGGAAUGGGGUGUCGAUUAUCUCAAAUACGAUAAUUGCAACUAUGACGAAGGUGUUCCUGCACUAUUGAGGUUUCGUCAUAUGCGCGACGCCUUGGUGCAGACAGGAGUAGCAGGUCGCGACAUUUUCUUCUCGGUCUGCACAUGGGGCGUCGAAAAUACGUGGGAAUGGGCGCCUGAUGUUGGCCAUAGUUUCCGCACCCACGACGAUAUCUACAAUGGAUGGCAAUCAAUCGUCGAUAUCCUUCAAGUGCAUUCGCAAGUGGUGCACUUGGGUGGUCCCGGCCAUUGGGCUGAUCCAGACAUGCUGGAGAUCGGGAAUGGCAUACUCUCUGUUGACGAAUCCAGAACGCAUUUUUCGCUUUGGGCGGCGAUGAAGGCGCCACUGAUAUUAGGAAACAGCCUGACGAACGUCCGCAAGGAGCUCUUUGAUAUAGUGACGAACAAGCAAGUCAUUGCUGUGAAUCAAGACCCUUUAGGAAAACCAGCCGUUCGAGUUAUUCACGUAGCAAAUGACUAUGAUGUCUGGGCCGGCCCAUUGAUAAACAACAGCUUAGCCGUAGUCAUUGUCAACUACAAACCUUACGCCCAAAAUUUGACUGUAGACGUUUCCUCGGUGCUGGGAUACAGUGGCGGAUAUGCACGCGAACUGUGGACACAAGAAGAGAUUAAUUUAAACAAAUCGAGUACUCUUGCACAAACGCUCAGACCACAUGCGUGUGCAAUGUAUAAACUUACACACGGACAUCAGUCGCACAACCUGACAGCUCCAGCAACACCAGCCAUUACUACUUCACUUGCCGAAACCAAAGAGCAAGAUGAUCCGUCUUCUUCUUCUUCCAACACCACAACACGAUCAGUAUCGACGACUGUGCGAUACGAGGCAGAAGGACUAGAAAAUGCUGUACAAGGAUUAGCACGGAGAAAAGGGUGUGCCUUAUGCUCAGGAGGAGCGUACGUGAUGGCUAUUGGCAAUGUGAACCGACCCCAGACGGGCACGCUUAUAUAUCGCAACAUUACUACGACGCCAGGAACAUACACGAUGCGGAUUCGAUACUUGGAUUGUUUCAGCUGGAGCACAUGCGGCGACUUUUUCACACGACGAUGGAACUUACGGAUACGCGUGAAUAACGGUGACCCGUUUUGGAUGUCUCUCAAAUCCAAACGAAAUCCAACCGCUUCUGGCGAAUACUCGAUUGGCGUCACUUUGCACGACGUGAACGAAAUCGUGUUUGAUGAUCCGAAUGGAUAUGGACCCAGUAUUGACUAUAUUGAGCUCACGCCGCGUAGUGGUAACAACAAGGGUGAUGAUUUUAAUACAGCAGCAGCAGCAGCAGCAGCAACAGAACAGCAACAAGAAUCUCUAACUGACAAUGUCUUUGGCUUGUCAUUCUGGGAAUCUGGUGAUCCUUUGGCAACGACAAGACUGACGCGCGUUCUCGCCGAUUUCUUUUGGGAACUCUUGUUCAUUGUUGUGUGUUGUGGCUUGAUCUUGCGGACAACAUUAUUAUUAUACAAGCACAGACAUCGGCUGUGGUAUUAUAAGAAGAUUUAACCGUAUAUCAGGACAGUAUGUCCUCCCUUCCUCCUCGAUCUCUCUAGACUUUGUUUUGUUUUAUCCGUUUCUCCUCUCUAUUGUCAUCUCUACCUGUAACAUAUGCAAAGCGCCCUUUUCUUUCAUCUAUCUAGUGCUACAAUCUGCAACUUAUCACCAUUCUAGUUAUAUUAUUUCCUCGACAAACUCUGUAACAUUACAAAUGUACAUAUCCUUCAUUGUUAUAAUGAUACACAUAUACAAAACAUGUCCCGUUUUAGGGCGUUCUGUAGGCAGUUAGCGACGACGCCAGUCGGAGCGUGAAACGCCCUAUUGCAUACGUGCUGUCCGUUUCUGGUCACGCUUGUUGCCAUGGUAACCG